UUGUGCACUUGAAAAUUUUUCGACCUUGUUUCUUUUAUCGAGAGAAGAAUUUUACUUUUGGGCCUAAACCAUUAUUCUUUCCUAACCCAAUUCUCUUUCUUACUUAAAGAGGAACUUCAUUUUAAGCCCAACUCAUCUUUUUGCCCACUUUCAAUCUACAGCCCAAUCACUACUGAACGCCACUUUUCAUUUAACAAUUUCUAUUCCACAAAAUCCGACUUGGAAUCGGUACCCAAUAUAUUCAAAUCUCUCCAGUUUCCAUCAAAUCGGUUUUACAUGUAUAUAUCUCCCCCAUGAUUCCACACGUUUGUUUCUCACGCGAUUUUCACAACUAUAAUCGGUUUUACAUAUAUAUCUCCCCGAUGGGUUUCGGGCCAUCACGGCGGUGGGAAAACGGCGGACAGCGGCUGUUCGGUGGAGGUGACUUUGCAGAGGAAAGACGACGGACAGCACGGGGCUGUUCGGUGGCGUUGGGCUGUCGCAACAGCAGCCGUGACUCACGACGGCGCUGCAAUGCGAGAGAGAAAAGAAUGGAAACCGGAGGACGGCGAGAGACAGAGACAUCGGGAGUUUGAGGGUGAGACGACGGCGACGAUGAUGACGGAGCGAACAGAGAGAGAAAUACGUCGGCGGUGUCGAUCCUGCACCACAAUUGGACAGCAGCACGACGGCGGAGAGAAAAGAUGGAGAGACGGAAGGAGAAAGCAGCGGCGAUGCGACGUCGACUGCACUGUGACAGCAACGACGUUGCGUUCUGACCGACGGAGGAGCUGCGAACUAAGGGGGCGAGACAGCGAUGGCGAUCCCGGCGGCGGCGCUAAUGGAACAAAACGGGAGAGAGAGAACGGAGAGCGAACCGGGGAUGGAGGCGGUUUUGGAUUGGAGAAAAGAGAGGAUUGCGAGGCGAAGGUCUUCAGCUUUAGAUAAGGGAUGAUGUUGAAGAAUUUGACAGAGAUGAGAGGCGGAGAACACGAUCGAGAAGCAGAGAGGGAAGGUAGUUGUUGCUAAAACUUUGGGAAAAGAGAAGUCCCGAUUAUGGAGAGCAUGGGGUUGGGCUGUAUUAUUCUUUGGCCCAAGGAAUUGAUUCAAGUGAUUUGCAAGUAUUGGGCUGGUUGGUUUUGUUAAUUCUAUUUUGGUUUGGGUUUGCAGUCGUGGGCAUGAAAAUUUGUUGGGCAGAUAUGGAAAAAAAAAUAAAAUGGGGCAGGAGCUAGUUUGUUUUGGGCAAGGAAAAUAUGUCUUGGCCGUAUUAAAUAAAGAGGAAUAGGGGGAUGGACUCAUGGAAGGAUUUCUCCGCGGAUAAAACUGAAGUCGAAGUAAGGAAUUCAAAUUCAGAAAAAUUAAACGAUCGAGGAGAAAAGGCAACAGCUUCUUACCGAGAUAAGGACCUUGUGUGAGGCGCCUUGCUAUGAAAGUCUGGUCCAAUUUUAUGGUGCAUUCUAUACUCCUGACUCUGGAAAGAUAAGUAUAGCUUUGGAAUACAUGGAUGGUGGAUCUUUGGCUGAUAUCCUUCGUAUACGCAAGACUGUACCCGAACCAGUUCUUUCCAUCAUGGUGCAGAAACUCUUGCUUGGGCUGAGUUACUUGCAUGGAGUUAGGCACUUGGUUCAUAGAGAUAUUAAACCUGCAAAUUUGCUUGUAAAUCUCAAAGGGGAACCGAAGAUUACAGAUUUUGGUAUCAGUGCUGGCUUAGAGGAUUCGAUGGCCAUGUGUGCAACUUUUGUUGGAACUGUUACAUACAUGUCUCCUGAGAGGAUUAGAAAUGAAAACUACUCGUACCCUGCUGAUAUUUGGAGCCUUGGGCUUGCACUAUUCGAAUGUGCUACUGGUGAAUUUCCUUACAGUGCUAACGAAGGGCCAGUUAAUCUUAUGUUGCAGAUUUUGGACGAUCCAUCUCCUUCACUUAUGGAUAAGGGUUUUUCUCCCGAGUUAUGUUCAUUUAUUGACGAUUGCCUCGAGAAAGAUCCAGUGGCAAGGCCAACUGCUGAGAAGCUACUUUCGCAUCCAUUUGUCACGAAGUAUGCAGAGACUGGAGUGAACUUGGAAGAGUUUGUCCAAAGUAUAUUUGACCCAACGCAGAGGAUGAAGGAACUAGCAGAUAUGCUGGCAAUACAUUAUUACUUACUUUUCGACGGCUCUGAUGAUCUUUGGCAUCACAUGAAGACUUUAUAUGAAGGGCAUUCAGUUUUCAGUUUUUGUGAGAAGGAAUCUGUCGGGCCGGAUGAUAUCUUUGCAACCUUGUCAAAUAUCCGCACGACACUGGCUGGUAAAUGGCCUCCUCAGAAGCUUGUUCAUGUCGUGGAGAAACUCCAGUGCCAUGCACACGGCCAAAGCGGAAUAGCUAUCCGUGUGUCGGGGUCAUUCAUUGUUGGGAACCAGUUCUUGAUAUGUGGAGAUGGUUUGCAAGUAGAGGGCAUGCCAAAUUUCAGAGACCUAUCAAUUGACAUACCAAGCAAGCGUAUGGGGACGUUCCGAGAGCAGUUCACUCUGGAAAGGUCGAGCUUCAUAGGCCGCUACUUCAUUGCAGCACAGGAGCUCUACAUUGCUCAAUAAUUAUCAAUUGUUGCUACGGUCAGUUACACUCUGCAACUGUCUUGUAUCUAUUUAUCAACACCAGCAAACAGUGGAGAUAUGUUUUGGUCACAUUGAAUCUGAUCAUCAUUCAUUUUGGCUUUCCCUUUGUAACUCUGUUGUAUCCAAUAGUUAAGAGAUUAUAGAGUUAACAUAUUUUUAGCAAAGAUUAUACUAGU